AUGGCGUGGGGCUGGGCGGCGGUGGCGCUGCUGGCGCUGGGCCUCUGGGGCCUGUGGCGGCGCUGGGGCUCCCCGCUGGCGCUGCUGCGGGGCCCGGAGGCGGUGGGCUACCUGCCAGAGCCCGGCUGGAGCAGGGCCCAGUCCGCCCGCCGCGCCCGCCGGGGCCGCCGCCUGGGCCACCCGAUGCCACCCCGCUUCCCCAACGGCUGGUUCUGCCUCCUCGAGUCCCGCAGCCUCCGCCCCGGAGAGGCCCGCAGCCUGGCCGCCCUGGGGGAGCAGUUUGCUGUCUUCCGGGACUGGGAUGGGAAAGCGCAUGUGGUUGAUGCAUACUGCCCUCACCUGGGGGCCAACCUGGCAGUCGGGGGCCGUGUGGUGGGCAGCUGCAUCGAGUGCCCCUUCCACGGCUGGCAGUUUCACGGAGAGGACGGCAGGUGCACGCGGAUCCCCUAUGCCGAAAAGGUGCCCAGCUUUGCAAAGGUCAAAGUAUGGCCGUCAUGUGAGGUUGGCGGCAUGAUCGUUGUCUGGUACCACUGUGAUGGCAUCAGCCCAACCUGGCAAGUCCCGGAGCAUAAGGAGAUUCUCUCGCACGAGUGGGUGUUCCGUGGUAUCACCGAGCACUACGUCAGUGCACACAUUGAGGAAAUCCCAGAGAACGCAGCUGACGUGGCCCACCUUGCCUUCGUCCAUGGCCCCUCCAUCCUGAGCGGAACAGACCUCCGGUUCAGCAACUCCCAGCUCUGGGCCUUCUUCAAGCAUCACUGGCAGGCGGAGUGGCAGCCGGAGCCAGAGCCAGACCCACACUGUUCCCGCCUGCUUGUGAAGCAUCAUGUGACGGUGUGUGGCAAGCACUUCUCCCUCUUGGACUUGGUCAUCAACGUCAGGCAGGUGGGGCCUGCCUUAGUCUUCAUCGUCUUUGAGCACCCUUUCUUGGGCCGAGGGGUCAUCAUCCAAAGCGUGACCCCCGUGGAGCCUCUCCUGCAGCAGGUGGUCCACCGGAUGUACUACCAGCGCAACAUCCCAGCCUUGGUUCCCAAGUUUAUCCUGUGGGCAGAGAGCGUCCAGUUCGAGAGGGACGUAAUGAUCUGGAACAACAAGAAAUAUCUCUCCAAGCCCCUGCUGGUGAAAGAGGAUGGGCCGAUCCAGAGGCACCGGCGCUGGUAUGCCCAGUUCUAUGGCAAGGACGGCGUGAGGGCCACCAGCCCAAGAGCCAGCCUGGACUGGUGACGGCCUCCAAUACCUUUCCUGGCCCAGCUCAAGGCAGAGCCUGGAGGCUGUUAGACUCCCCCAUCUACCCUGCUUUUUACAGCAAUGGCCGUCAGUUUGGAGCUGCCAGGGCUGAACAUG